AAAACCCUCAUCCAUUCAUGGACUCUCCUGAAUUCCCCACCAGUUCUUCAUCUCCGCCGAGGAAGGAAAUUCAGAUCCAGGGCCCUCGACCGGCGCCGCUGAAAGUUCGUAAAGACUCCUACAAGAUCAAAAAGCCACCUCUCGUACCACAACAACCAUCUCAGCUGCCGCCACCGCAACCGCCUCGCCAGCCGGUGAUUAUCUACACCGUCUCACCCAAGGUAAUUCACACCACUGCAAGUGACUUCAUGACACUAGUCCAACGUCUCACUGGCCCCAAUUCAUCUUCUUCUUCCUCUUCUUUUUCUUACACUACUGUCUCAUCAUCAUCAUCCUCAUCGUCGUUGUCGUCAUCUUAUGUUGAUAAUACUGCUAGUGUUCUUGCUUCGCCGGCGGCACGAUUCGCCUCGAUUGAAAAGGUUAAUAAUAAUAGCCCUACUUUCCAAGCGGUGAAAUCAAGAAAGGGAAGUGGUAGUGUUGCUGUGGUGGAGAGCAGAUUAGAUGAAGACAUUAGAGAUGCAAGCGGUACAGUUGAAAGGACAUGUUUGUUCCCAGGGAUACUAUCGCCUGGUCCAUCUUCUUUCCCUCCCAUCUCUCCCAACUUCUUCUCUCCAACACCUGACCCCAAUUCAUCAUCACUUGCUUUCUUACAAGAUCUAAGCCCUAUUUUCCAUGGAAACAGGAGUUAUAUAGAUGGUACCAUGGUGCCAAGCCCAACAACCUUCUUUUCUUCUGCUCCUUUAACUUCUCCUACUCCAUUUAUGGAUCUCUUCAAUCAAUUUGAUUUAUAAUUAUGUUUCCAUAGAGAUCAGAAGAGAAGGGUUGGGAUUGAAGAAAAAGUGAUAGUGAAUUUCUGUUUCUU